CCCCCGGCCAGCGACAAGAUGUCCACGGGGCCCAUGGUGCGAAAGCCGAGGAUGCACCGGUACAUCAGCACCAAGGUGCUGCUGGCCGAGGGGCGCGAGACCCCCUUCGCCGAGCACUGCCGCAACUACGAGAACACCUACCGGAUCCAGGGCCUGAAGGACCAGGUGCAGGAGCUACACCGUGACCUCACCAAGCACCACUCGCUCAUCAAGACGGAGAUCAUGAGCGAGAUCCUGCAGAAGUCCCUGCAGAUGGACGUGCAGAUCGCGGCUCACUACUCCGCCGUGGAGAUGAUGCGCAGCGUCUUUGAGGAGGUCUGGGAGGAGACGUACCAGCGGGUGGCAAACGAGCAGGAGAUCUACGAAGCCCAGCUCCACGACCUGCUGCAGCUGCGGCAGGAGAACAGCUGCCUGACCACCAUCACCAAGCAGAUCGCGCCCUAUGUCCGCUCCAUUGCCAAGGUGAAGGAGCGGCUGGAGCCCAGACUGCAGGAGCCCUGGGAGCCCAAGGAGGAACAGGCACCAAUGCUGCUCAAGAUCUGCGACGACAGCGAAGCGAUGCCAAGGGACACCUCAGCUGGCAGCAAGGAGGGGGCCCCAGCUGGGACCAGCGAGGGCUGUGUGCCCGGCAGCACCUUCAGAGACCCCUCCCCUAAAGGCAAGGACUGCAGCAGGGGCCAACAGAGGAGCGGGGCCGCGAGCAUCGCCCAGGAAGAGCCAGCACCGUAG